AUUAUAUUCUGCUCAUAAAAGUACUCUUUGAUGUAACAGAAAAUGCUGGCAUUUUAAUAAUACCUUGCUUUAAAUAUCAGAGUUGAGAUUAUUAAUUCUAGAAGUGAUAUCGUCAUAUUUGUGUGUUUUGCAUGGAAUUAUAAAACGAAGCUGUGUAUAUAAUGGAGAACAUGCAACUAUAGUCUUCUGAGUGUUAACUUUAAUCAUUGACAUCUAUCUAAAAUCACAAAUCAAAAUGAUGGAUAGCAGCAGAGCCAACUGACAGUUGACAGAGAAGGUUCCAUAGAAGGGUAGGAAUACGUGAUAGAUUUUUUCCCCCAAGGAGCAGAGCUGUUCACAGGAGCAAGCAUGGGAUUUUUCAACCAGCUCCUUUUGCUCCUAUGGAAAAAUUUCACACUUCGGAAACGACAGAAGUUGCGCCUUGUUGCGGAGAUUAUAUUUCCGCUGGCCCUCUUCUUGAUCCUGUUGAUUGUUCGACUUACAAAACCUGACCUUAAAGUUGAACAUGCAGCUUGUCAUUUUGACGGGAAGGCAAUGCCGUCAGCGGGUAUUGUGCCGUUCGUGCAGUCAUUCAUGUGCACGUACGAUAAUGAAUGUCAUAACAAACCGACACAGGAUGAACUGCCAGGAGUUGCAAACCCAUUCGGCAACACCGAUCUGGCUGCAGCAAUAACUGCACUGGAGGAAAUUUUACAGGACAAUGUUGACAUGACCUUAAUUGAUGACCUUGUAGUGGAGUUUUCCAUGUACGGGGAUUUGUUGAGACUCAUACGGGAUGGCCAAGCAGUGGGCACAUUGGACAUAGGGAGUUUCCUACUAGAUCCCCAGAACCUGACGUCCACAUUGAAUGGCCUUGUGUCAUCUAACACAACCAACUGGCUUAUAGAGGCAGUCAGCAACAGGACAAUUCUGGAUGAAGGGCUUGAUCCAAUAUCGGCCUUCUUUAUUGUUGAUGCCUUCCUGGCCGAGGUCCCCAGUAUAAUCCAAUCUGGAACAGAUACAAGUGCGAUCGUCAACGAAAUCACAGACACCAUACGGACAGAUGUGUGCGAUCAGAACGGCUUGGACCAGAUACUACACUUUCCAAAUGAGACCGUAUCAAAAUAUGUACAUGACGAGUUAUGUAACCUGACCACUCAACAGUUUAGAGAAGUGUUUGAUGCUUUUAUACAAGACUUCAACACCUCAGCUUUCAGAACUUCGUUUGAGAACUUUGUACAACGGAACACAAACCAGUCAAUUAAUGAGGAGUUACUGGAACAGUUACUGGACCUAUACAGUAAAAUGAUGGAAGACCCUGCAUGGCGUCAGCCAUUCUACGACCUCUACAAGGUGUUCAAUGACCUACAGAACCAGACAUCACAGAUCCAGGCCACCACCGGCCAGGCUGUGGGUAUUGCCGACAUCAUUGGGACAUUUGUGUGCGGGCGGAACGGUUCUCUCUUCAAGUUCUCAGAUGACAGUAUUGAGGAUUUCAACAACGAUGAAAAGCCGACAACGGUGAAUCCCGACCUGCAGCAGGAGGAGGAGGAGGAGGAAUUAGACGAUGGGGCUGUUUUGUCCAAUACUUCUAAAGGAGAUUUGUGUUUGAAAAAACCAUCUAAGCAAUGCAAGAACCUGUUUUCGGUGUUGGAGGAAAGUGGCACCCAAACCCGCUGGUUGUGGAGACAGAUUAAACCGUUUGUACAAGGCUGUAUCCUGUACUACCCGGACAAUAUCAAUACAAGGAAGAUCAUCAAUAGUGCUGAGCAGUUUUUCCGUGACUUUGAAAACCUUCGUAACCUAGCAUCGUCAUGGGAACUGUAUUCUCCAGAGGUUUUUCUCUUCCUUAACAACAGCGAUACCGUAGAUGCUCUAAGAAGUAUUGUUGACAGUAACCUUUGUGAGACACUAGCAUCAGCGGCUGCUCGCACCCUCGAAACUCAGGGGGGUGGAGUCAGUUCCAUGUUUAACGCCUCUGCAGCCUGCUCAUUCCUGAAGCGCUACCUGAACAAUGGGCCGAAGGAGUCUGCCACCACUUAUGAUUGGAGAAACUCGCUGAACUACACUAAUGACUUGUUUGAUGUUAUGGCUGAGUACUUGGGUUGUUUCAACUUUGACAAGUUUGUCGGCUACAACAGUACAGAUGUCCUUAUGAAAGAUGGGCUCACCUUGAUUUCAAAAGGCCUGUUUUGGGCGGCCAUCGAGUUUGAAAACAUAGAUGGUUCCUCAAGCCAGCUUCCCACCAAGGUCCAGUACAAGAUACGAAUGGACAAGAACAAAGUUGACUCCACGAAGAGGAUUAGAGACAAAUAUCCUCGUCCUGGUUCCCGGUCUAGGCCUUGGCCUGAUCUGAAGUACUUCCUGAAUGGAUUUAUCUACAUACAAGAUAUGGUAGAACAUGGUAUCAUUCAGCUUCAGACUGGAAAACAGCUGGACAUAGGAGUUGUGACCCAGCAGUUCCCUUAUCCAUGUUAUCUUGAGGAUAAAUUCAUCUACGCUAUAUCCCGCAUGUUGCCGCUGUUCAUGAUCCUCGCGUGGAUCCUCACAACGGCCAUGUUGUGUAAGAGCAUUGUGUAUGAGAAGGAACGACGCCUUAAGGAAGUGAUGAAGAUUAUGGGGCUUGGGAAUGGGGUCCACUGGGCCGCGUGGUUCAUCAACGCCUUCAUCAUGAUGUUUCUCACCAUUGUGUUGCUUGUUGUUCUGCUAAAGGCUGGCAAGGUUCUGGAGCACUCCGAUCCCACCGCAGUGCUGUUCUUCAUGACGGUGUUUGCUACAGUGACGAUUGUGCUCUGUUUCCUAAUCAGCGUGUUGUUUUCCCGCCCAAACCUGGCGGCUUGCUGUGCAGGAUUCAUCUAUUUUCUGUCAUACCUGCCAUACAUGCUGAUGUUACAGUUCGAUGAUGUGCUCACUAGACAAACCAAAAUGUCUGUGGGUCUUUUCUCCAAUGUAGCUUUUGGCUAUGGGUGUAACUUCAUUGCCCUAUGGGAGGAGCAGGCUAUUGGCCUCCAGUGGAGCAACAUGGGUAUCAGCCCGAUAAACGACGAUGACUUCAACAUGCUUCACUGUAUCGGCAUGAUGCUCAUAGACCUCAUCAUCUACGCCCUCCUCACCUGGUACAUAGAGGCUGUCUUCCCAGGUCAGUAUGGAAUACCGAAGCCAUUCUACUUCCCAAUCAAGGCACUGACCAAGUGCUGUAUAUCCUGGGAUAAGAACCAGGGUGGGGAUGCUGCAGAACUCAACAUGAACAACCUCACCAAAGACUCAGAUACAAGGGAGGCGGAGCCUAAGAACAAGAAGAUCGGUGUGGCCCUCCGUAAUCUUAGGAAGAAAUAUUCCACAUCUGACAAGUUUGCUGUGGAUGGGCUCAACCUAAACUUCUACCAGGAUCAGAUUACGUCCUUCCUGGGACACAAUGGGGCUGGGAAAACUACCACCAUGUCCAUCUUGACCGGCCUGUUCCCACCCAGUGAGGGUACAGCCUUCAUCCAUGGCAAGGACAUUCGUGUCAACAUGGACAGUAUCAGGCACAGUCUCGGCACUUGUCCGCAACAUAAUGUCCUCUUUGACUGGCUAACAGUCGAGGAGCACCUGUGGUUCUACGCACGCCUGAAGGGGGCGGCUUCCUCCGAGGUCAAGGGGGAGAUGGAGCAGAUGAUUAAGGACGUCGGCCUGCCACACAAACGUAACGAGUUCUCCAGCAACCUCUCUGGUGGUAUGAAGCGUAAGUUGUCAGUGGCAGUAGCGUUUGUGGGCAACUCUAAGACAGUUAUCCUGGAUGAGCCAACUGCUGGUGUUGAUCCAUAUGCCAGGAGGGCAAUCUGGCAACUACUCCUCAAACUCAAGAAAGGACGCACCAUAAUCCUCUCCACCCACCACAUGGACGAGGCUGACGUGCUGGGAGACCGUAUCGCCAUCAUCUCCCAGGGACAGCUCUGCUGUGUCGGCUCCAGCCUCUUUCUGAAGAGCCGCUAUGGUAACGGAUACUACCUUACCCUUGUGAGGGCGGACAAAGACAUUGAUGAAGAUGCAAUCUUGAAGUCUCAACUGUUUAUCAACUCAGAGACGGCAGAUGUGCGCCCAUUGUCGGCGGGCAGUGUUAGGACCGUCACCAAUGUUGUGCCUGCGAUGGGUCAGGAUGUGGAUGAGGGGUUCACAGAGGGGAAAUCUUACAGUGACCCUCCCACACCCCCUGGGGAAGAAGACACAUUCCCAGGUUUUUCCGUAAAGAAAGUCACAUCAUUUGUUAAGAAGUUUGUACCGGAGGCCAAGCUUGUAGAGGACAAUAUGACUGAGCUGUGUUACCAGCUGCCAGACGACGCGGCACACCGUGGGGACUUUGAACAUCUGUUUCAUGAACUUGAAUCCUCGUAUGUUCAUCUGGGGAUCUCCAGCUUUGGCAUAUCUGAUACCAGUCUGGAGGAGGUGUUUCUGAAGGUAACAGAGGAGAACUAUGAGGAUGCUGGUGAGCGAAAGAGAAUCAAACUGGAUGAAAUGGCGGAUGGUGGUCGUCUGGCCCGGGGAGUGUCUCGGCUGAGUUUCAAGAGAAAGAAAAAGCUGUCCCUGCUUGGCCGAGCCUCGACUAACCGCGUGGACAGCAAGACGGACCUAAUGGCAGAGGAAGAUACAGAGUCAGUGAUAUCACAGCCUGUGAGUGAGUACGGGGAGACUGGUUUCACCCACAGUCAGCAUGCUAAGGUGACUGGUUGGAAACUUACUCUACGACAGUUCAUCGCCAUCUUCCUCAAGAGGUUCCACCAUGUACGUCGCAGCAAGAAGGGAUUCCUGGUCGAGGUUGUUUUGCCAGUGGUUUUUAUCCUGCUGGCAAUGACGUUCUCCCUGUUGACUCCGGCUUUCUCCGAGGAGCCUGCACUCGAGCUUCACCCCUGGUACUACGAGCCUGUCCGUGGAGACCCACACCUCAACAUGUUUUACAGCAAUGACGCUGGGCCAGACAAUGAUGUGGCUAAAAGGUUGGAAGACAUGAUCCAGGAACCUGAAGGGGUCGGCAACCGAUGUAACAAUAAACACACUAUAGACAAAUAUCCGUGUGAGCCCCCAGGAGAUGCCGGCUUCUCCAAGUACACACCCUGGAACAAGACAGUAGACUGUGACUGCAGCACGGGAUGGCAGGUGUGCCCAGAUGGGGCAGCAGGCCCUACACCCCCCACUCGCCGUCUACCCACCGCUGAUAACCUAUAUAACAUUACAGGGCGGGAUGUACCUGACUGGAUACUGAAGACACAUAAUGAGAAUAAGAAACGCAGGUAUGGUGGUCUGACAUUUGGAGACAUUGACAACCUGGCGUUCACAGGGAACCUGACUGAGGUCCAGGCCGCAAUAGAUCGCCUCCUGACAGCAGCUAACAACGGGUCAACUGUCCAGGUGGCUGACAGACUCUUCUGGUCUAACCUCACACUCAUACUGCCCAGUCUGGCUUCCAGUAAUGUGGCCAAGGUCUGGUUUAACAACAGAGGCUGGAUAGCUUCGACCACGUAUAUGAACGUUAUGAACAACCUGAUCCUGCGCUCAAACCUGCCCUCGGGUACAGACCCAGCGGACUACAGCAUCGUCGCCAUCAGCCACCCAAUGAAGAUGACCAAGGACCAGCUCAAUGAUGAAGCUUUGUACAGCAGCUUCAAGGAUGUUGUUAUCUCGAUCUGUGUGAUAUUUGCUAUGUCGUUCAUCCCAGCAAGUUUCACCAUGUACCUAAUUGAGGAGCGAGUCUCCAACUCGAAGCACCUACAGUUUGUCAGCGGGAUCAACCCAGUCAUGUACUGGGUGUCCAACUUCUGCUGGGAUAUGUUGAACUACCUGAUCCCAUCUAUUCUGUGCAUAUUCAUCUUCCUGGCAUUCAACAGACAGGCAUACGUGUCCUCUGUCAAUGGACCCUGUCUCGUGUCCCUGCUCUUCCUGUAUGGCUGGGCCAUGAUCCCUAUGAUGUACCCGUUCUCCCGGUUAUUCAGUGUGCCAAGCACUGCCUUGGUUGUUCUGAAGUCUAUCAACAUUUUCCUUGGAACAGUCUCAACCAUGUCAACAUUCAUCCUUGAAUUUCUGGAAGAAGAUGAUGAGGGGCUGAAGGACAUCAACAAGGUACUGAAGCAGGUAUUCCUACUGAUGCCCCAGUACUGUCUAGGGCGAGGCCUGUUUGACAUGGCCAAGAACCAGCUGUUUGCUGACGUGUAUGCCGAGUUUGGGAUCAACAAGCUGCCCAACCCAUUCAAAUGGGACAUCGUGGGCAGAAACCUGUUCUGUAUGUUCAUGCUGGGCAUUCUCUUCUUCAUUAUCAACCUGCUGAUUGAGUACAGGUUCUUCAUACCUUCCAGAAUGUCAAAGACAUCAAGGACAGACCUGGAUGAGGAGGAUGAGGAUGUUGCAAGGGAGAGGAGGCGUGUCACCUCCGGUGCAGCCAAGGAUGAUGUACUCAGGCUGGAAAAUCUUACAAAGGUUUUCCCGAAAAGGAGCGGCAAGAAGAAGCUGACCGCUGUUGACAAGCUGUGUGUGGGUGUGCCCAAGGGUCAGUGUUUUGGCCUUCUGGGGGUCAACGGGGCAGGCAAGACCACCACAUUCAAAAUGCUUACAGGAGAUGAGAGGCUCACCAAGGGAAAUGCCUAUGUUAAUAACUACAACAUUCUGAACAACAUGGUAGACGUGCGGAGGAAUAUCGGCUAUUGUCCCCAGUUUGAUGCCCUGGACCCCCUCCUGACGGGGGUGGAGCAUUUACGCUUCUAUGCUAGGCUACGCGGCAUAUCAGAGGCUGAUGUGAAACAUGUUGCAGAUUGGGCGAUCCGGCGGCUCGGACUGCUGCCUCACGCUGACAAGAUCUCCACAAACUACUCUGGCGGCAACAAACGUAAACUCUCCACUGCCAUCUCUCUCAUUGGGAAUCCCUCUGUCAUCUUCCUGGAUGAGCCUACCACAGGUAUGGACCCUGGUGCCCGUAGGUUCCUGUGGGAUUGUAUCUCCAACAUUGUCAAGGACGGCAGAUCUGUUAUACUCACUUCGCACAGUAUGGAGGAGUGUGAGGCAUUGUGUGGUCGUCUGGCCAUCAUGGUGAACGGCAGGUUCCGCUGUCUGGGAAGCAUACAGCACCUUAAAAACAGGUUUGGUGAUGGAUACACAGUCAUCAUCCGCGUCUCUGGUGAAUACCCGGACAUGGAGCCCGUCUUGGCUUGGUUCAGUGAAUAUUUCCCAGGAGCAGUUCUUAAGGAACAGCAAAGCAACAUGCUGCAGUACCAGCUGGGAUCCGACAUUAAGCUGUCAAAGUUGUUUGGUCAGAUUGAGGCUGUCAGGGAGCAGUUAUUAAUUGAGGACUACUCUGUAUCGCAAACAACUCUAGAUCAGGUGUUUAUCAACUUUGCCAAGCUGCAGACAGACCUGGCAGAUGAUGAGUUAGAUGAGCUCCCAGCAGACCUGAAAAAUCUGGGUAAAGUGAAUGUGUUACCGAGUGAGGCAGAAGGACUGAGCCUUGCUGGCAGCACUGCUGGCCUAAUUCGCAAUGAAUAUCGCAACAGCAACAACAGUUUCCAACCCCGCAGGCCCGAGACUGACGAGGACAGUUUACACUUUGUGGACGUGGCACGAACUAGGAGGCCUAACUCGUCCCGUCCUGUGAUGGCUGAGAGUAGCACCAUGGACGCACCAAUUAUCAGUUUGCCUUAUCAGGUAAAUAAUGAAAGCAGAGAUUAUGAGGACUACACUGAUGAUGAUGUCAGUAUUGCAUCGACACAGAGAAGUGGCCGUCCCAUUGCAAAAUUUCCUGAUCCAGAAGUUUGAACUGUGUAGACUAGAGAUGACUGAAAUCCUGAGAUUUAUUGAGCAGAGACCAGGCUUUGCUGAUAUGUGAUUAGUUUACAUUUUUCUACGUUCUUGUGCCACAAUUCCUGUGCCACAGUUCCUGUAUUUGUAUUUUGUAAGUUUCCAUGUUGGAUUGGCUUAUAGAGUUGUUAUGUUAAUAACAUUAUUAUAAAUUAAAAAUCAUGAACAGACAUUCCAUGAUUUAUUCAGUGUUUACAUACAUUUGUUUAUUCUAGUAAGCUGUAUCAAGUGAUGCAUAUCCAUGUUAAUGAUAAUGCAUAUGCUUUGUUAAUAACGAAAAUGAGUUGGUAAAUGAAUAUUAAUUUCAUUCCAAAGAGACUAAUUUCUGUGUCCUCUAGGUAUUGGUUGGGAGUGCUUAUCAUGAUCAUUAUUAUGUUUAUAUCUUUACUCAAAGUUGUUGACUGAAGCAAUUUCAGACAAGUGAAGUGAUAGUUAAAGGAUGUAUAUGUACUGUGCUCAUUAUUUUUGAAUCUCUUUACACAUCCAUUAUAUUGAGUCUUUCAUUUUCAAUUGUGCAAGAUUUGUGUUUGUAACUAACAUGAUUAAAUAUUGUUUUGUUUAGUCUGUUAUGUGAUUAAAAUCAACAUUUAUUACAACUUACUAAUGUGCCAAUGCUCCUAGUUCCAAUUUCCAUGUCCAGCAACUCCAAGUUUGAAAGUUAUUGAUAAUGAACAAUCAAUAUUAUAUCCAAUGCACCCAUAAUAUUGUUGGCAUUUACCAUCAAGUUUCAUUUUUAGAAAGCAGAUAUGAAUAAAACUAUUUCUUUUUUAUAAUGGCUUGAGAUUUGAAUUUAUUUACAAAUACUUUUAUUUGAAAAGGCAUGUAGACACUCAUCUCGGGAAAUAACCUUUCUUCCAGUAUUUUUUUUUCAAGUACCAUUUUAUGAAUAAUAUUUUUUAUCUGUAGGGACUUUUUUCGCUCAGGUUCCAAAUUAAAUAUACAACAUGUACCUCUUUAAAUAUAUAGCUUACACUAUGCAAGAGAAGUCAUAGUACUUGAAUAUGCUAACAAGAUAUUUUGUAAAAAAUAGUGUUGUGAGAGUCAGCAUUUGAUUUUGACUUCUUUUUUCUCAGACAGUCGAGGUCUGGGCCGGUGUUAAUAAAACAUCAUAAGACAUUUCCUAACUUAUGUGAUUUUCUGAAGUUAAGUAUCACAUUUAUGAUAUGAUAAGCCCGCUUCAUAGUAAAAUGCUUUAUUUUCAUUGAUUUGGUUUAAAAUGAUACAAAUACUCUUGUACUUUCCUUUGAAUUUGACUAUUGAAUUUGACUUAAGUUAUGAAACGACUUAAUAUGUUUUAUGAAUUCUGGCCAUUAUUUACAUUGUGCUACUUAGGUAUGAAAUUGAAAUUUUAUUAUUAUAAGGUCUAUAAGGUCAUUUUUUUUAGGUAGGCUCAUGGUUUAGUUUGGAAGGAUUAACUAUAUAAGGAAACAAAAACCAUCUAGUAAAAUAUCAAAAAGGAUUUUAGACACCUUAGGAUGUCAGUUAAAUCUUAAUUCUUUUUUAGGUAGAUUCAUGGUUUAUUUUUGGAAAGCUUAACUAUAUUAGGAAACAAAAAUUGUCUACUGAAAUAUCAAAAAGGAUUUUAGACGCCUCAGGAUGUCAAUUAAAUCAGAUGUUCACAUUUAUUUAUUUGAUAUGUUCUACACAUUUUUGGCAUAUUAAGAGGAUAGUUUUAUUGCUAUUAAGAGAUUAAAUCAUGCUAGAUUUAUUUUGGCCUAAUUAGAUGUGAUUUUUUGUAAUCUUAAUCAAAAAAAUAACCCCAAGUUCUUUUUAAUCCCUUAAUGGUAGACGACAUUAUGUCUGCAUAUACCUGGAUAUUGGAGAACUGUUUGAAAUAUUGGGUCCAACAAAACAGUUUAAAAGUAAUUUGUUUAUGCUUGAAUUAACAAUAAUCAUAAUUGUAUUGGCAUCAAGCUGAUGUUUGUUACAUAAGUUUGUGUAAUGUUCUUCUUUUGUUACUGAAAAUUAAAAUAUCAAAAUAGUAUGCAUACAUACAAAUGUAUUUCUGUACUUUGCAUGAACUAAACAAUUGUUAAUAAUUUUUUCACUGUUCAAAGACAUCGUAAUCAAGAUUUUUAGACAGUAAUAAUUAUAAUGAUGUUUGUAAUAAUCAGGACUAUUUACAUUUGCACUUGAUUUUCAGUAUGAUAAAAUUUGCGUUCAUUUUGCAUGAACCCAUGGACCAUUUAUGACUUCAGUAGGCGGAGUUUUGCAAGAAAGACCUGGGUCAUGCAUAUGUAAAACAUUAAUUGAAAAAGCUCGAUAAUCGCGAAGAUUAUAACAACCAAAAUCAUUAAAACACACAAAAAAACAUAAUGGAAAGGGGAAAAUGUAAAUAUAUGGAUUGUUUCUAAUUAUUGCUCCCUCAUGGUUUUGCAAAAAUACAGCUGAGCAUUCAUUCUGGAUGACAAAUGAAAAAUAACAUUCAAUCCAAGCUGCAAGCUAAGUUGUUUGAUGUACAAAUGCACUUGACAUUUCAUUAAACCAUUGGCGAUAAUGAUGCCUAGCAGCCCAAUUUAAUCAUGCUUUCAUUUGAAACGGAAUUGCUUAAUCAUUAAGAUUGAAGAAAACAUUAGGGAUAAAUUACUGCAGUUUGUAUUUUUUAUUUCAACAAAAUGAUGAGAAAGAGCCUAAUUUGCAAUAUUUCAAGGCCAAAAAGCGUUGCUUGGGAUAUUUCUUUCAGUAUAUGUUUUACAUAUUUUUCCCCCACACAUAACACCAUUGAUACCAAAGUCCAAAACUCACGAUCUUCUACAUCAGAUACCUUCAAUGAAGCGUUUUGGAGCAAACAGUGCAUUAUGAUGUUUUGAUUUAUAAGUUUAACUGUUAUGUAUGUUAUAUUUGUUUCUUUUCACCUUUGAAGAAAUUCGAAACAUAUAAUAAUUAAAAAUAUCAUAAUAACCCUCAGAAAAUCUUCAAUAGCUUUUGGAACGAAGAAAAAAUAUCAAUAACUUUUACAGGAUGAAUGAUAUUAACAUAUGCCUUUAAUCCGAUCAAGUAAAGACAAGUGUAUAUUGUUGUGCAUGGAAUCAGUAUUGAACUAGCAAGGGCAUAAAUUAAAAUCUUCAAUUGAAUAAAUCAUUCUGUUACAAAGUUGUCUGCCAAGAAUGUAGAUGAAUAAUUGCUUAAGUUAUUUGAAGACAUGAUCAUAUCAUAUUUCUCGUUUUUCUAUGACAUAUCCUUGUUUUGUUAAUUGUAUGGUAACACCUGUCUGUGAUGUCAUAUACCUUUCCUGUUUUGUAUUUAUUUCUAAUUAAUUUUGUGUUUGCUUGAUGCUUAUACACUUUCUUUUAUGACAGAAACAAUUUUUUUUUGCAUUUUCAAAUGUCCUUUGUUGAAUAAAUGUUUUUCUUAUAUUAAAACAGAUUAUAUGUA